GGCGGGGCGGGGCCGGCAAGUUUGUUUCCCGAGUUCGGAGCCCAGGAGCCCCCGCGGUUGCCGCGCAGGUGCCGUCCGCUGGGGUCGGGAUGGAGCUGCCUGCCGUGAACCUGAAGAUGAUCCUGCUGGUUCACUGGCUGCUGACGACCUGGGGCUGCAUCACGUUCUCCGGCCCUUACCCCUGGGCCAACUUCACCAUCCUGGCGGUGGGCGUGUGGGCCGUGGCUCAGCGGGACUCCGUCGACGCCAUGAGUCUGCCUUGUGAAGAAGCCGUCCCCAGCUACCAGCCCAGGUGUGUCCUCACUAGCCUGACCCACUUCUCGGCCUGCGGGACUCCGAGAACCCUGAGUCUGCUGGUUGCCUUCCCCGAAGGAAGCACGGUUUCUCGGUGGCUUGGCAGCCACCAUCUUCCUGGACAUCGUCCACAUCAGCGUCUUCUACCGGCAGGCCAGCUUCACGGACACACAGCGCUUUGGUGCCGGCAUGGCCAUCCUCAGCCUGCUCCUCAAGCCCUUGUCUUGCUGCUUCGUCUACCACAUGUACCGGGAGCGUGGGGGUUUCCUUGGACCAUCACAGGAGCGCAGUGGCUACCAGACGAUUGACUCACCAGAGGCGCCCACAGACCCCUUUGUAGGCUCAGAGGGCAGGGGUCACUCCCCACAAGGGUACUGAAGCCAGUCCACUUUGCCCAAGCGCGGGGGCCAGUGGAGCAGACCCCAGAGAUGGCCCAGGCUGCCUUGCCCUCCUCAUGCCUCGGAUGGCAUUCUAGAGCUGCCCCUGACCUCCAUGUCCCUUUCCUGGACUGUGUUCUCCUGUUCCCCAUCACCCCAGGCAAGUGCCCUGAGUGGCCAGGAGCCCCAUGCACACCUGUCCCAGACUCCCUGAGGCCUCCGCUCCCUUUGAGGUACCCCACUGGUCUGAGGCUGGCAACCGUGGUCGUUUUCCUCAUGUCCAUUAGCAGCUCCGUGCAGCCCUGUCCAGCCAUACCUGAGCCAGGCCUUGCCCACAGUUGGUUGACCUUGCCCACAGAAGCUCUGAGAGCUUUGGGUCAUGGUCAGCCCCCAGAGCAGUCCAGCAUGGAAGUGAGGUCCCUGUGCUUCUCAUGCCUAGUAACUUGGUGCUUGGGGACCUUGGGGCUGGAGGCAGCCUGGAGAACCCCCAUGGUCGCCAACUGCCCUUCCCAUGGCCAUGGCAUUCAGGUCUGGGGAAUCCGUAGCUGGGGUGUUUUGAGCCAUGGUUAAUCUCCCAGCUGCCCUGGGGGCCUGGACCUGCCAUUCCUGGGAAGAUUUCUCCUUUGAAUCUGCAGGGAAGCUGGCUGGGCUUAGCUGCUGGCCUGCUGUGGCUGGAGGAAACACAUGCUGGUAACCCAGCUUUGGCCUAGCCUCGGUCCCAGCAGCAGAGGGCGCUGUUCAGUGCGGGCCCGUGGGCAUCUGUGUCUCUGGGUCCGAUGACUUGGGUAUGGGUUUGCCUCCCCCUCAGCCACGUUCUGGCUGUGUGCCUUUGAGCGACUUAAUGACUCUGGCCUCAGUUUCUUCUGGAAAAGAGCCAGUGCCAGCCCUGGGGGUGAUGACGUGAACAAAGUGUGUAGUGCCUGGCCCUGCAGCUCCCCAAGCCACAGUGAAGCUGGCAGGUUGCUUCUAGAUGCUGUGACGAUGUGGGGUCAGUAGGCGAGGGGCGACCUCUCCCUGGCAGACCCUGUGUCUUGGUGUCAGGGCCGACUGGGACCAACACCCGUCCAGAAGCCCCAAGCCAGGGUCCUAAUCUAUAUCAACUGGACCGAGUGUUGACCUCUGGCUCUCCCAGGCCAUCCUGGCUUGUCUCCGAGACAAGAGAGAUCAAGGCCUAGUGCACAACCCCACCACCCUCCUGUAUCCAUCCAUGCCCUGGGGUUCAGUACCUGUUACCGCUGCGCAAGGGCUGCAGGGCUCAACUCUGGUGCCUGCUCUCAGGGAACAGACUUAUAAAGAGUCCUCAGUCAGGAGGCAAGAGCUCCAGAAGAGACCCCUGGGAAGGGACCCGUGCUCUGGACCAGAGUGGCUGCAGCUGCAGGAAAGCCGGAAACAGCUCCACCAUCAGAAGGAGACAAAUAAGUAAUCUGCGGCACAUUCAUUGUAUGGCUGUGGUUCGGCAGUUUGUGGGAAUAAACCAGGCCUCUUUCUGUGGA